AUGAUAAUCAACUCGGCCAACUACACGUUUGAAGAUUGGUCGAACGACAUGAAACUGGCGCAGGAUGCGCACAUUGAUGCCUUUGCGUUGAACAUGGCCUACAAUGAUUUGACAAACAUGAAGGCUCUCCCUGUCGCAUUUUCAGCGGCAGAAAGUGUCGGCUUCAAACUUUUCUUCUCGUUCGACUAUAGUGGAAACGGCAAUUGGCCAAAGAGCGAUCUCAUUAACCUGAUUAAUCACUAUAGCGCACACUCUUCGUACUUCUUCUACCAAGGAAAAGCAUUCGUAUCCACAUUUGAGGGCUCAGGUCGUGCUGAUGAUUGGCCUUCGAUCAAGUCUGAGACCGGUUGCUUUUUUAUCCCAAGCUGGUCUUCCAUUGGCGCCAAACCCUCUGUUGAAACUGGAGUCGUUGAUGGUCUUUUCAGUUGGGCCGGAUGGCCCUGGGGUCCACAGAAUAUGGACACCUAUACUGACGCUUCUUACCUUCAAUAUCUGGCUGGUAUGCCUUAUAUGAUGCCCGUUUCUCCGUGGUUCUAUACUAACCUGCCUGGGUACAAGAAGAACUGGAUGUGGCGAGGAGACCAUCUGUGGCACGAUCGUUGGCAGGAGGUGCUCUUUGUGCAGCCUGAGUUUGUGGAAAUCAUCUCAUGGAAUGAUUACGGCGAGUCUCACUAUAUUGGCCCUCUUCAUGAAAAAUCCAUGGAGGCAUUCGAAAUUGGAGAGGCACCGUUCAACUAUGCGACUGACAUGCCCCAUGAUGGCUGGCGACUACAACUUCCCUUUUGGAUUGACAUGUACAAGCAAGGAACGGCCAACAUCACGGAAGAAAGUAUCGUCUCCUGGUAUCGAUUGAGCCCUGGGGCAGCCUGUGGCGGUGGAGGCACCAGUGGAAACACAGCGCAACAGCUGCAGAUUGAAUUCCCGCCGGCUGAACUGGCCCAGGAUCGCGUUUUCUACUCCGCCCUGCUUGGCUCAUUUUCUGGAGUCGUUGUUUCUAUUGGAGGAUCAGCUCAAAAUGCUACGUGGACAGUAGUUCCAGACGAUGAUAUCGGCGUGUAUCACGGCAGUCAGGCCUUUGAUGGUCGCACUGGAGCUGUGACUGUGUCUUUGAUACGCGACAAUGUUACAACCACCACAAUUAAGGGCGAGUCCAUCUCGGCCAGUUGCCGCCAUGGAGUUCAGAACUGGAACGCCUGGGUUGGCAGUGCAACAGGCGACAAGGUAUCAGUCAGGCCCAGGUUCGAAAUCUCUGACCAAUUGUGCAAGAAUGGCACUGGUGCCUAUAACUUUGCUGGUCUUUCUGUGCACAUGGCUUUUGUCCAAGGAAUGCAUGCACCUGCACUGGUCAAGGUGCAGUGA